UGCCAGUUGGCAUCGAAUUUCGGAUAUAAUUUGCCGGAGUGGCAUACUACUUCUAACGCAAACAAUCCAGCAGCUUUCACCGUCACGGACGACUAACCCAGCCAGGCUGUCAGCUCGCGAAUACGAGCUUCACUUGACGAGCCAGUUCACAUGAAUGGUCUCGUAUUUUCACCAUGAAAAACGUUCCGUAAUACCCUCAGCUACUCAUUUUUCACAUUUUCGCUCAAUUUGCUUUACGUGAUAGACCCCCUAAGAUCAUAAAUUGGGACUGACUCUGUGAUUUUCUUUAACUGGAAGCCGAGAGAAUACCGAUAACAGCGCCGCCCGUCGGUUCACUGCAAAGUUAUAGAAACCAAAUUGUCGACUGAUUGUGUCGUGAAAGGUUAGUCUAGUUUCCGUUGUGAUUUGGCGUGCGUCCGGUGAAUUCAGGUGAAUUGUUUAGUGAUUAGUGAUCAAAACUAUAAUUAAUUGUGGCAAUAUAUAUCCAUCAACAAUGCCAGCAUAUUGCAGUAUGGAAACGUGCAAGAAUAGUUGGCGGCACAAUUCUGGUAUUUCGUUUUUUCAUCUUCCCAAAAAUCCAGAAAUUCAAAAACAAUGGUUACGGUUUGCUGGGGUCAAGAAAAAUGCUGCUCCAGGCUUUAGAAUUUGCAUUGAGCAUUUUGAUGACUCGUGUAUUAAAAAGCGAUACCCGAGGCCUCUGUUGUAUCGCCAUGCUAUUCCAACACUCAUAGGAUCAAAUACUUUUAAAACCAAAAAGCGGAAACUGGAUAUUGAUGAUAGUGACCACAGUUUGGAAAAUAUGGAAAUAGAAGAGUCAUCAACAAUGCAACCAUCAAGCACAUUGCAGUUAGAAAUAGAAUGUAGAAAAGUUAGGAAACCUUUAAUAUGUGAAGUUGUCGACAUGCCGAAAGGACGACUUAUAACCCGUUCUGUUACCAACACACGUCCUAUAAACAUGACGCUUAACUUGGAGUGCACCGAAGAAGCUCUGAGCGAAGCUCAACUUAUGUCCAGGAUUAAGUACAAGGAAAACUUUGACAGAGUUAGUGCAAUUUUAGAGGAAUUAGUAAAGGAUCAUGGUGGUAAAUUAAUUUGUCAAGUCGGAACUGUCAAUGGUUACCAGUACACAUUACCUGGAACUGCACAACCAGCACCUAUGGGUGCUAAAUCCAGCUCUCAGCCUAUGGUGAGCACAACCAACAAAUUAAAGAAUCAGGGAAAGGCCCAACCGAUAAAGCUUAACAUGCUGAAUAAUACUAAUGCCAGUCAAGGAAAUAUUCAACUUGUUAUGGAUCCUAGGAUGGGUGUCAUUUUAGGAACUGUAGCUCAAGCUCAACAGUCUACUGCACCUCCUGUAACAACCACUGCAGUGACAACGGUAGCACCAUCUCAGCAAGAAAAUUAUAAAUAUACCCGAUCGGGGAGAAGAACAAAAGUUCUACAGGUGCAACAACCUGACAUAAUUGAAGAACCACCGCCAACACCUACUCAGCAACAGCCCCUUCCACGAGGCAGACCAAAAUCUGUAAAUGCCACACACGUUGUCACUCCAACCACAACUAGUCCUCAAGGGGUGACAAAUCUUAGAAUAAAGACUGUGAAUAAACAACAGGUACCAGCGACUGUACCUAGGCCAACAGAGCACACAAGUAUUGGUGGAAUUUCAGUGGGAAAUAACACUGCAGCUGGAGAACAGAUAGAUGAGACGAAGAAGAACCAGCCUGAUGGCAGAGAGAUCACUUUUAAUAAGAUGAAUGGAGGUCGGACGUAUCCAUCAUUGGUUGUAGUAGCAAGGCCUAAUCUUCGAAUAAAAGAUGUAGCACCGCAGACGGCUCAAAAGGAUAGAGCAGACUUAGAUAUGAAAGUGAAAAGCGUAUUAAUGUUUUCUGCAACAAAGUUUGCCGAAUGGCUGAUUCAGCAAGGUUUAGUACGCUCUGAACAGUAUUGCACUACGCACAGCAAGGGAUAUCAGAAAAUCAAAUUAAAACUAGGAAUGUACAGCGACACAGGGACAUUCCCAUAUUCCGGUGGAUACGUAUGGAUUUCUAGUUGCUGUCCAGACCGUUUUGUUUCAGUUUUCUCAGGUUCAUUAUUUCAAGGAGCCACUCAUACACCUACCGUACUGUUAAAACUUAUCUAUCACUGGGCUUGUCAAACCAACGUACAAAAUGUGGUGUCAUGGGUAAAGGUACCCAAUUUUUAUGUGAAAAAUUUUUACACUAAUCUACGAAGUGUCUGCACUGCUGCGGUAUGGGAUAAGUGUAAAAUGAUGGGUGGGAAGAAUUCAAUGAUACAAGUUGGUGUAAUUAGUCUUGGUACGACAUCACAAGAUGGAAAUCUUCGCCAGGUGAAGGUGGAGGUGCUCGGUAUUUUAGAUCCAGAAACUCUGGAAUUACGAUUGCGAGCUUGCGAACCAGUUCAUGAUGGAGACCGAUCAUUCAAGAGACGAUUCAAUAAUAUCUUACAUCCCUUGAAGGAUUGGGUGCAUAAGGAUUCUAAAAUUCUGACAGACUUUACAGUCGAUAAGAGCACCUUGCAAGAAAUGGGAUUUACUAAUAUAACGCAAACAGCCUUCUCUGAACAGACUACUAGGAACUCGCCUAGUAAUUAUCAUAUUAUGGAGUAUUUGAGGAAAAUCGUGCCCAGAAUGUUUCAAAAUACUCUUAGUUUACUUAGCAGAGAGAUGAUACAACAAUUUCUGGACGAGUUGGUGUGGAGAGAACUCUUUGGUUCAACGGCAUGGCGAGCUUUUGACAAUAUCAUCACACACAUUGCGGAACAAACUAGAUUAGACACCAACGAUUGCCUGCUGGAUCGUCUGCAAAAAAUUGCAGCAAAUCCAUUUCAGGAUUGGUCGUACUCAAUGUCGAAUCCACCUCCUCUUGCACCCAUGAGUUUACCGAAAGAACCACUGCCAGUGCAAUCCAAUAUCGAACCAGCUCCGCCACUCAUCAAGCCAGUCGAUCCACCUCCCGUAAGACCUGGACCUGGUAGAAGGGGUAGAAAAAGAAUUCACCCUCUUCCAACGCCGGAGGAAAGGGAACAGGUGAAGAGGGCAACACCGGAUUCAAAAAUAAAAGAUAGAGACAACAAAGGUGAACAGGUGCAUCUACAAGAACAUUACUAUGCUUCCAUGGAAGGGGAUAAGAAUACACUUCUGAAGGAACAUAAGAGUUCUUUGUUUGUCAAGUGUUUUUUGUGUUCCUUUGCGAUGCGGUCCAAUACUGAUGUGAUGGAACAUAUGAUCGUUCACGUGCCACCUCAAGUACCAGGCCAAUUGGAAUCACCAGUGUGCCGCUAUUGCUGCACAGCUUUCUCAUCGAAACACCAAAUCAGUACUCAUGUUGCAGAGACUCACAGUACAUUUGGCCAGAGCAAUGGCGAUAUGGUCGUGUGUGCCAUUUGCGAGCAAAAGUUUGGAAGCAGCUCUCUACUGGCUAAUCAUUUAUCGACAACUCAUAAUCCUUCCGAAAUGCCAUAUUUGUGCGAGGCUUGCGGUUACCGCACAUCCAGCCACAAAGACGUCAUCGAUCAUUUCUAUCAUGCACAUGAAAAAGGCGAGGGCUUACAGUGUCCAUUCUGUCUGAAAGUAAUGCAGUUGAUGGUCGAUGGAGCGCCACAUCCACCAACAAUUCACGCAUUUCUUCUGCACAUGCAACGGCACAUUGUACGAAGGGAGGAAGGUCGUGGAAACAAAUGCAGCAGAUGUUGCUUGUGGUUUAAUCAAAAAAGUGCUUUAGUUCUCCAUCAGAAACACCUACACGAUCAAGUGUCAGGAUCUAAAGUUGUACCGUACUCAGGAAGCAGUACCACCAUAAUGGUUCCGAGGCAUCGCCAUCAAAAUAAACACUUUGAAGUGGACAGUCCUCCAGCCAAGUUAUCCUCGGAUGAUUCUAUCAAAAAGUGGACUACCGGACCAGUUAAAAUUAAUGCUCCGAUUAGCAGCCUCCAGUGUCAAGAAUGCGAAGAGGACAUUGACGAGCCAGAUCACUAUCCCGGUGAGCAAAAAUGUCAACAGUGCCGCUAUGUAACGUGUUGCUGGCGAGCGUUCAAGGAACACCAGCAACAGAUACACAAGGAACGACCAAAGACGGGCUUGGUCAUACUCUCUCCGUUGAUAAAUAUUCCUCUUGAAAACAGGAUGCAAUGUCCUUGUGGAUUUAUUACUGUCGAUGGGAAUCAACUUGCAACGCACUUGAUAAAGUGCAAGAGAAUAUCCGCUUAUCCAAUGGAAGAGCCAGGCCCAUCAGGAAUGCUGGACAGUUUGGGACUCGUUCCGAAGGUCGUAACGGACAUUCGGUAGAUACACCUUCACUUGUAAAUAUCGUUACCUGGAGAAUUAUGGAAAGCGCGAAGACGCAAAGAAGUUUUAUUUCUCUCGUUCGAACGACGCUUGCACGAAGACGAGCAACUCGCUUUCGUUUGUAACCCACGGUACUUUGUGAUCGAAGAUGUCGCCGUUUUUAGAACGCGAUGGUUGUAAAAGUGUAUCUACUCCCGGGGAACGUGAGUCCGUGGUAAUCUUCGUUAAGGAUGCUUAUGAUACGAAUAAAGUUAGAAUUUCUGA